AUGACAGUUGAACCAAGUUUGUUCGAGUUAUGUCCAUUAAUUGAUAUUAAUUCAUGGACAUCUAAUAUUGCGUUCGCUAGAAUUAGUCGCGAAAUGUAUUAUCCACUUGAAAACACAUAUAUAAAAGAGUUAAUUAUUAAUGCAACUGAUGUACCAAUAUUCAGGAACUGUAUGGAAUUAGAAAAAGUUACAUUUGUUGAAGGUUCUGGUAUGAGUUAUAUUGGUUGA